AUGAAUCUCGCCGCGGCAGUGCAGCCACGACAGCGGUCUACAAGAUCAACAGCGCAUUGGAGAAGGGCACCACGACCACCAGGACCAGGUUUACCGCUGGUUCCUUUCGCUUCGCAAGAGGAAACGCGAUCUCCGAAGACAUUUCCCGGUCCGGAUGCUCCACUUUAUGGCAGAUCUACUGACGAAAUCGAUUGUAGAAAAGCGUCUUUACGUUCAGGUGUUACAAUGGCUGCAGCAGCAAAAGGAGAAAACAGAUACGCUAAACAUUCACCUUUGAAGAAUUCUAUGUCAUUGUUUAAAUACGGUUGCUGUGUACCUACAAAUACAGUGCUAUGGUUAAUAAUAGUUCUCACUAUAUUUGCUGUAAUUGGUCUCAUAUUUUGUUUUAUGUCGAUGGUAUUUACAAGAUGGAUGUAUAAACGUCGAAUAAGAAAUAAAACUGAAACAUUGAAAAGAAGAUAUGAAGAAGAAUAUCAAUCAAGAAGGGAAAAGGAAUUUAGAAUGAAAGAACUCGCAAUGAGACCUGUACAUGGACAUCAUCAUCAUCAACGGGAACCUGUAGAAGAACCGGAGGUGGUACCGAAACAAAUAGCUGCGGAACAAAUAAAGUCUUGUACGGCAAAAGACGUUGACAUUGCUCAACAUCAAAAAUUUCUUUCUAAUAUCACUCACAAUACCGCUUACUUUAAUCUACCUGACCAGAGAGAUUCUCCACAAAAAAACCUAUUAUUCACCGGUACAACACCUUUAAAAAGUGAAUCGGGACCACCGAUGCCACCAUGCUUUUUUACUGGAACAACCCCAUUACAAUCUACUCAAAGCGAUAUUCUUAUGCCAUCAACGGGUGGUACCUCUUAUCUUACCGCUGGAACAAAACCCACAUCCACAUCUACAUCGUUUCCAACAAGUACAGGUGCUUUUGCACGUUCAUUUUCGACGACAGUUCCGUCAGAAGGAGAUGCAAACGUCCCCGUGGAACCAUUUGACGUCGCUGCUACCGCACAUGCAAUAGUUGUUGGCGCAAAUCGUGACAUUGAAAUUCGCCAACCUUUUCCUGGUGUCAUACUUCUCAAUAAGGAUCAAAGACCACUUGGACAGUGUCCCAGUGAACGCAUACUUUUAAUACCGACUCGAAGCGAUUCGAUGGUAGCAUUAGGAAUGAAACCGUCACCUGAAAGUGGAAAAUCGGCGAGCACUGCAACGAACGAAGAAAACAGUCCAUCGAUGGCCAAACAUGCUACUGCUCAUGGUUAUGUGCUCGCCUCGCUAAUAAACGAAUUGACAGAAAGUGAUUCAACGAAAAAAGCCAGUGUAGAAGGGAAGAAGAGAACCGAUUUCGAAUCGGUUUCCAAGAAACCAAAGUCACCUGGUGAAGUUGAUGUACAUCUUCCUACAGCAUUACCCGCUUACAAAGAACAACCAAAAACUGAGAUGAAAAGGAAGCGUAAAGCGUUGAAGUGUAAACCGUUAGAGAAGGAAAAAUUUCCCCCGAAAGGUGGAAUCCCCGAAUCACCUGCCUCAUCAUCCACGAGAGGUUUCUUCCCGUAUUGGACUGGUCGGAGACGAGUAUUUUCCAAGGUUGAGCCGACAAUUUCUUCAUCUGGAAAAACACAAGCUGCUAAGAUGGUUUCAUCUGAAGUCAAUAUUUGGGAGCCAAGUAGAAAGGCAUCAGUUGAAAGUUUACGACGCCGUGCUUCCGAAAGCUCUAACACGAGUACUCCUGGUAAAAAGGAACCCGCUAGGCCAGUAUCGACACCACAGCGACCACCAGUUCUUGAUGUAUACGAGCUGCGACGACAAAUGGAAAGGAUGAACGCUGAGAGAAUACGACGAGCAGAAAUAGCAAAAAUGGCUGCGGAGGAAAAUAAAAAUAGUUCAGAUGACGAGAAAUGGUCCCCGAAGGGAAAAGAACUGCACAAAUUAUCUACCAUACAAGAAGGUCGCGUAACGAGAGUAUAG